ACGGUAGACGUAGCCAAUCAGCAUCGUAGAAUGUACUAACACUGUCUUCAAAAAAAGCGCCAAUAAAAGCUUUCUUCUUUGUUUGGCUUCUGAUAGUGUUCACAAUCACAAAAACAGCCAUGAAAGCCUGAUGAUGUCAAUGAAGGUCAGUCAGGCAUUUAGUGACUAUGUACAAUUCAUUUGUUGAUUUCAUUAAAGAAAUUUCAGGACGAAAAUAACCUUGUUGUAGAGUACUGUACAUACAACAAUCUUUCGACAAUUAUCACAGCUCCCUGUGGUCUCUGAGCGCUAUGUGCUUUGUGUAUAUAAUUAGGCCUACAAUCAAUGUAUCCAGUAGCAUUUCAAAAACACUCCCACACAUUGGAAAAGGUCCAAAAGGCAGUGAAGAAUGUACAUCAAUAAAGCUUAUUUUCAAGUACAGUAUAUGGUACAUAUAUUCGGUGGCGGAUCCAGGAUUUGUUAUGGUAGAGAGGGAUUAGGAGAGACUUUUAGAGAUCAACAUAAAAGAUGUUUGAGGUACUAAAAAAUGACUGUCAUCAUAGUUGAUACAGCACAACUAUUGGACUUUUUUUACAAACAAAAUUUGUGAACUGAAUCAAAUCUGGUAAAAUGGAUAUGAUGAUCUACAAAGUAUUUCUAAACCUCCACCAGUCACUGCCUGAGUUGACCUUGGCUAAUCUAGUUUCAUGGAUUGCGUCGGCAAGUAUGAUGUUCGGAGGAAUAGUGCCUUAUAUCCCACAAUACUUAGAAAUUAGAAAGACAGAUAAUGCUGAUGGAUUCUCAACAUAUGUCUGCUUGGCUUUGAUAUUAGCAAAUUUAUUAAGGAUUCUAUUUUGGUUUGGUCAUCCAUUUGAGUUUCCAUUACUAGCACAGAGUGUCAUAAUGUUGGCCACUAUGCUAGUGAUGCUACAGUUAUGUACAAAAGUUAAAGCAAUACAAGAAAUAUCAACAAGGAAGAGGAAGUUCAGUGAUUCUCAUGACGAUCCUUUAAAGACUUCCUCCUCUUCUUGCAAGCUUGUAAAACCUUUUAAAAGGAAAGCUUUUACUGAUUUUGAUGCAAGGUAUUUUUGGCAGUGGAGUCGCUUUAUAGAUUAUCUACUAUUCCUGUCUCUAUUCGCUGUUACCAGUGCUGUAAUAAACUACUUAUUAAUUAGCUUUGUUGUGUAUGUUGAGAUGAUAGGAUUCCUGGCUGUGUUUACCGAAGCAAUGCUCGGUUCCCCUCAGUUCUACAGAAACUUCCAAAAUAAAUCAACACAGGGAAUGAGUGUGCAGAUGGUAUGUUGCUGGUUAUCUGGGGAUAUGUUUAAAACCGGCUAUUUUAUUGUCAACGAAGCUCCGAUGCAGUUCUGGGUGUGUGGAGUACUCCAAGUAUCCAUUGAUAUAGCUAUCCUCCUCCAAGUCUACUGCUAUCGUGGCCAACAACCAAGGCGGUCCAAAGUUGCACCAACACCCUCGUCUGAUCAUAUUUCAUAGUAUAGUGCAAACUGAAAUUAUUGGGUACAUUAAUUUGUGGUAAAAAAGAACAUUUUGAAAGAUAUUCUUCCUGUUUUUCUUUAUAUCAACAGAUAUUUAUUUUGGAUAUAGGGGUGUAUUUUAAAACUAAUAACUCCUAACAAUGCAAGUAGUGUAUACAGUAUACUGUAACAAAAAUUUUACUGCAGCCAGGUAGUUUUUAAAAAUAUUUAUGCUCAUUAUUAGUUAGUUUGGAGGAAUUGCUUUCUAGGGAUUUGAUUUAAUGAGCUUUCUUAUCACAUUUUAUUGUAUUUUGCUGCGUGUGAUGAUGUCCAUGGUCAGCUAACAAAGGGAGGCAAUAAUAAAGUAGAAAAAAUAUGCAAACAUUCUGAAGUUGCUGGAAAUGUGUUAGUUUUUGGUAGAUUUUUGCUUGAUCCUUGGAGUGUGGGAGAACCUUUCUAAGAGACUCCAAAUUUGAGGCUGGCCGUCCCAAAACCAGUGUACUGUUACUAUAUUAUGUUAAAUAGUGUAAUUAGCAUGAUAAUGUGCCAAGACCACUUUUGAAACCGGGAUUUCCAUGGUUUUAGCAGCUUGGUCUCUAAUAAGAAUAAUAAAGAUAAGACAUUAGCUAAUAAGUAUGGGACCACAGAAAAGUGUACUUUAGUACAGUGGCGAAGCGAACGGGACAGGUCAAGCCUGACAGAGCUCGUCGGCAGUCAGACUAAAAAAAUAUAUAAAAAUAGGCCCACGCCAAGCCAACACAUGUCUGUCACAAUCAGAGAGUGUCAUUUCUGGCCACCCAGAUGUUCCUACCGUAUUCUUCAAAAAAUCUUAUUUGGGAGGGGGAAGACCCUCUCAAACCCUUCCCCCAGCUCGGGCCUACGAGCCCAAGUACCCCCUGUUAGACAGCUCAGCCCCCCCAGAAAAUAUAUCCUAGAGCCGUCACUGCUUUAGUACAGAGAAGUAAUAGAUAACUCAUGACCUAUCAUUUUCAGUGGGGGAUCCAGGAAUUGAAAUAGAGGGCACCCAGUGAAGGACUUUCACAGAUGGAGGGUAUAUGCUACUCCAGCCCCACGAUGUGAUUAUGGUGUCUCUAGACGGUUGGAAAUGGCAUUCUUAGCAUCAAAAUUUGUGUAGAAUUUUCUAUUAUUUUCUAUUUUUCUCAACAUUUUUUUUAUUAUUUUGAAAAAUUUAGAGGGGCCCCGGGCCGGCUUCUCCCUCCCACUGAAUCCGCCACUGAUUUUAAAGCUCAUUAUGUGGAGAAUGAGAAUAUAUUAAAAAGUCAAUAUUCAUUUUUGGUGACUGAUGCUGGAUUUGGGAUGGCAAACCUCAAUUGUUUUUAUUGUAUUUGUUGAUAAAUAUGUAUCUCAUAUGAAUAGAUACAUUUAUUUCAAUUAAUAUUGUAUUCAUAUUAUAAUGUGUGUAUUGAUAAUGUUUUAAUUUAAUGUGGAAAUAUAAAUAUAUAUUUAGUGAUAAGACAUUUUAGAAGUAAAAUAAAUUAUUGAUUAGAAGAAUGUACAGUAAGCACUGACAACAAUUAAUAAUAAUAUUGAAUAACUAAUGCUUAUAAUAUGUGGCAAAGACUAGCCAAACCAGUCACUCGUCGCAAAUCAUGUUUCAGAGAAAAUGGCCAAAACAUGCUGGAAUGUCAAAU